CUGCCGAGUAGAUCUAGCUACCGUACCGUGCCGCAUAAGCUUGCAACUAAAAAUGUUGUGCAAGAAGAGCAUGCAGGAACACAAGACUACAGUUCAGCCUUUCAGGGCGCACUACACUUGCAGUAUUCUCGUGAACUGGGUAACUGCUUACUUGCUUCGGCGGACGCUCUUGAAACGGCUUCCGUAGGCUUCCGUUCAGGUGCUCGCAUUGGCCUGAGCAGAGUCUGCAGGGCAAGGCCAAUCUGUCGCUACUUUCCUACGCCGGCUGGCUCGUGCUUGGUGUGCGAAGCAGAAAAAACGCAAUCGCAGAGCAUCUGAGAAACUAACUUUGUUGAUCACCUGCCACAUGCACAACUGAACGACAACGCCUGGUCAUCGAGCAUGGCUACUCCUGUCAACGAGGAGGAUGUUCCUAAGCGCAAGAAACCCAGGAGGAAGAAGAAGCGCACGUUCGAGGCGAUGCCCGUUCUGGAGGAGAACGCGGACGAAGACGAAGAGGAGUCGGCCAUGCAGGAGGAGAGCAAAGACAGAGAGACUCCAUCGCACGCGUACACUGCUGCCGAAGUCCAGGCCUGGCACGAGCAAUCGCGCAGGAUGGAAACUCCCGCGCAGCCAACGCGGCGAGUCUCGACGAGGGCUUCUCCACCGGAAAGAGGCACCCUCCGGCCCCGGACGAGAGGUGCUUCCGGCAAGGGCGACUCUGAAACGUCGAAGACCAGCGCGUUCUCAUUUGACAACGUUGACGACUCUGCGACUGAUGAAAGCGCUACAGACGACGGUGAUGCCGGGGACGGAAAACCGAAAGGGGAAUCACAGUCGUCAGAGCUCGAGUCUGGGGACGACCCCGCUGUGAGUCCACUCGAUCUAUCGGAUGAUCUUCCAUCGCCGGUUCGAGAUGCGUCGGCGAAAGAUAUGGACGAAUACGGCGAUGUUGACGAUGACUACGUGAUACCCAGGACAACGAGCGUCGCGGACAGCGUUUGGAGCAACAAGAGCGACACCUUACCUCUCUCAGAAAGUCGUGGCGAGGAGGAUGUGCCAUCAAGAGGCAGUAGCAGGUCGGGGCGACGGGACAUCCUGCGCUGCGUGAAGAAUGGAUGGGCGCGCCACUUCGACCUCCUGUUUGCGGCGCCGAGUGAGAAACAGCGGCCCGUUAGCAGGGCGUCGGGCUGGACCGAAGACUUUGAGCCCAUUUUCCAGCCACCUCCGCCCCCAGUCCCCGGCAUCAACCCGAACCAGUUUGACGCGGAAACCGGGAAAAGUGCGCUGACGUACGCUAUGUGCCAGGAGGACAACGACAUCUUCAUGAAGAUGAUGAAGGUGCUCGUGAGGAGAGGCGCCUCUGCAAGCUACCGCGACAAGCGCGGUAUGACGGCGCUAGAUCAUGCCUGUCGCCGUGGCAACCUCAAGCUGGUGAAGAAGCUCAUGUAUAUCCAGUGCCUGGACCCGCUGGUCUUCUUGCAGGGUGAUAAGAAAGGACGCACGCCCCUCUUUCACGCCGUCCGCGCCAACUGUCCGGCAAUCGUGAGCUUCUUGCUGCGCUACUACGAGGCCAAGAAGAUUGCAGAUUGGCAGUGGGACAAAGCCGAGGAGACGUCGGGCCGGACAGCACUGGCGGAAGCGUCGCGACUCCGUCACUUACAGUGUGUGUUUCUGCUGCUGAAGGCUGAUCCCGACGGCUCCAUACUUCACCGUGCGGGCAACCAGGGCAAGAUUGGCCGCUAUCUGUUGCGACUCAGCGCACAACGACGUCUCCUCCUGCUGCUGGCAAAGCAACACUCGCUGGAUGAGCCGCUGGAUCGUGCCAGCGCCACCAAACGCCUCAUAGAGCUGUCCAACGAGAAAGUGCUACACUGGAUGCAGCGUGAGUGCGAGGCCGAAAGCCAAGCGCAGGAAAAGCUCAAAGCGGAUGCAGAGCGGGCGGUUCGCAAGCAGCAGGAGCGCGUACUCGCCCGCGAACAAGCGUACCAGGCGGCCGUGCGGCGCGAGAAACGAGCGAGAGGGGGCCGAGCCAUGCAGGAUGCUGCUGAGGCCCAUGCGGAGCACCAGAAGCAUCAGAGCACCGCCGCGUCGGACUACGGUCCGCUGAGGUCUCAAAACUGGCCAGCGGGUGAAGAGGAGUACAGUCAAACACCGAGCGAUGAGUCUGCCAGUAGUGACGAUAGCAGCCAGGAACGCCAUGCCAGAACGUAUCCUGGACUGGACAGAGGAAGCGCUGCGAUCUUCGAUGCGGACGACUCCAGUACGGAGAAUACGCCACGCAGACGGCAUCAACACAAGCCCUCUCCAUUGCAGCUGUCUGCAAAACCGAAACCAGGGCCGGAAGCGGCGCCAACUGGACGACCUCCACUGGCAACCGCGGCCAGAAAGGCGCCCACGACGGUGGACGGCGGCAGAAACCAGUUCACGUUCAGCGGGAGCAGUGCAGCCGCCCUGUCACGGCAGCGUUUAUCGCGCAUGCAGCACCAGCACCGCUCUCAUCUGUCGCUGAUCCGCAACCCUCUGGGCAGUGCGGCACCCGGUCUCCUCUCGGCCAUGCUGCCCACCGUGCGCACCAGCCACGGGGACUCGGUGUUCUCGUUCGAGGCGUCGGACGUGCUCGGAUUGCAGCCGCCUGCGCUCUCCUCUCAUAGCACUAACACUGGGAGUGAAACCUCCCUGCCCAGCGCCCUGUUUGAAGGGUUCAACUUUGACUUUCCAGGCGAGAUUGAUUUGGAGAGCUUUGAGAUUGAAUUCUUGCCAGUGCAGUUUGACGCCGAGUUUGCUCUUCCAUGCGACCAGAUCCUGGACGACAACGACGAAGAUUGGAAGGGGAUCGUGGCCGACAACGAAGACGAUGAGGUUGACAGCGACGAAGAUGAGGAUGAUGAUGAGUACGAGGACGAGGAUGAGGAUGACUCGGACGAUGACUCCGACUCUGACCUACAGGAUUGCCCAAGCCCACGGUCCUAUAAACCCAAGCCGCCACCUCUACCGCCCAUUGAGCACACCACUGCCGCACAAACUCGGGAUACACCGGAACUACCUGACUCGAGAGCGCCAGGCCCUAAGACGCCGGGAGCCAAAGGCUGGAGCACGGUAAAGGGCUCGGCCUCUACCCGGGCCAAGCCAAAGUUGCUAACUGUCACUUCGGAACUGUUAGGUUCAUCCAAGCAUGGCGGUGACAAAGCCAGCACCGGUCCUUUAAGUGCAAAACUAGUGCCAAGUAGCUCCAAGCCAACCAGCGGCAAACCAGCGGCCGCCAAGCCCCCAAUAAAAACCCCAGGCAGUGGCACCCAUCCUGAUCCUGUUGAAGAUGCCCCGUCAUCCUCUACCACUAGUGAGCCAGGCACAAUUGAAAGUGCAGAUGGCAAGAAUCCACCUCGGCGGUCAAAGAAGUCCAGGAGCAAGUCGGAACGACAGCGAAAGUCGGAACGAUCGAAAUCGCUCAAGGAUGCCGUAACGUGCGAUGCCAAGCCAACUGCACCCAUUUCACUGAAAAGCAUCAUACCAGACCCCAAACAGCUCACCGCUGAUCUUCUCUUGCCGUAUCCAGCUGGCGGCCGGCUGUGCUCAUUCUCUAGAGUCAAGGCCAUGAAGAGAGACAGCGAGUGGUCCGAAUCCGAUGAGCCACUGGAGCUGCCGCUAACGGAACGGUUCACUGCCCAGCACCUGGCCAGGGAGAAUGAGCCACAGGAGCCGGUUAACCAGCCCUACAACGAGUGGACAAAGGCAGAGAGACAGUUCCUCAUCGGCGGAUAUCGUCCCAGCAAGCGCGUGUUUGUGCGCGAUCGCAUGGGCAUGCACCAGGUGCUGUUGGAUCAGCUGCAAGGAGAGGAGAAAGAGUUCUGGUCGGAGGAGUUCUGCCCCCGGACAGGCCUCAAGCGGGUAGACUAUAACGAUGUUCUCAGAUCACAGAGAGUCAACCGCCUGCCACGGUCAGACCACCCACGCUGUCCUUUCAUGAAACCUGGUACGGUAUGCACGAAAACCCUCGCCUCCAUUCAGGCCGUCCUGAAGUGGUUCUCGCCGCCAAACUCUCAGCCGACCGACCACGAGCUUUGGCACAUGACCAAAGGUCGUUCCGAGGAAGAGCGCGCUCCGAUUGCCUAUCGGCGCACUUUCCAAAAGCUUAAUGGUGCUGGGAGCAAGAGGUACUGGCGAACUGAUCUUGAUCUGGACUUCGCCGCACGGUAUUAUCCGUGGCGCAAGAGAAUGCCCUGGUACAAAGGAGAGGAGGUGGAAGUGACUGACGAGGAAGAGGAAGAAAAGCUGCCCAAGCCCAAGCGAGGAGCCGCCACGGCAAUGCGCGACGUGGUAAGCUUGAACCGAGCUGCCAACGCAAUGAAGAAGGGCACGGCCAAAACACGCGUGGGCGAAGGCCAGAAAGGCCCAGGUGUGCAGUCAAAAGCUGGAACUAGACUGGGAGCCCAUCCUGUGGAGAAGGCUGUAUCAGCUGCGGUCACUGUGCUGAAGAAAGGCGCGGGUGCAGCCUCAUGUUCGUCAGAAAAUGAUACGCCUGGAAAGGGCAAAAAGCCAAACGGGAAGAACGGAAAGAACGGAAAGAAUGGGAAACAUGGGAAAAACGGGAAAAACGGCAAUGGUGGCACCACCACCAAGAAUGGAAACAACCGACCAACUCAAACCAGAGCUGGUACUACCAGAGGAGGUCGCAGGGAACCGCAUGAUGAGCUUGCGUCGAACAAGCAGCAAGAAGCGGGCAACGGGGGCAAAGCUAACGCAACCAACGGGGGGCAGACUAAGCAAGGCAGCCAAACACAAGCAGGGCACGCGCCCUCCGCCACCAGAGCGGCGACCGCCGGCGGUACAAGGCGCGGCCACCGAGGCUCGAACAGUCCGCCUCAAACUCAAACUGCUCACGUGCGGUUUGCUGAUCAAGACACGGUGGGCGCUCGUUGCUCCGCUUCGGUGUUGGGAAGCAGGAGAGGAAGUGCCGCGCUUCGUGCAGUCCCGUCCACAGCACCCAAGGCUAAGAAGUACAAGAAGAUUAUCCGUCCGAUGAACAAUGCCGAGGUAGCAUUCGCGUACCUACUGGCGGAAGAGUAUGCCCAGCGGCGUCACCGUGAGAGAAAGAAAAACAUCCUAGUCGGCCGGAAGGAGAUGAACACGUUCAUGGAGCGCGUGCGGGGCAUGCAUGUGGCCCUGAAAGGCGAGGAGGAGAGAAUCCAGAGCGGCUCCGGCAGCACCACUGAGUUCCGCAUCAAGUCACUAAAACCGCUGUCCUUCGAUGAUCCCGAAGUUCUGCGCAGCGUUCUCAGCGUGGUCGAGGGCUCCAGUAUCCUCGUCUCCAAGCAGAGCAUCACGGUGGUGUCGCCGAAAACACCCGAUGACUGUAUAUACAACAUUCACUACACCAUACCGGGACAGUCGGGCCGUGACGUCCUGGACAAGGUCUUCGCCGAUCGCCGUGCCAAAAGCGCCGACGAGCAGAGCCGGGCCUGGACGAAAAACUCCGCCGCCGUGCCGCAUAUGGAUAAGGGUACCCUGGCCAGGAAUGUGCAUGCCCUCACGGUCGAUGUGCCGGCACAGCUACCUGACUUUGAUGCGUUUGAUCUGGACGCCGCCAACAAGACACGCCCACUACAGUUCCACUGGGAAGUAGACCCGCGUCGCCUUCUGUCCGUUCGGGUCUUGGGCCGCAGCACACGACCUUCCGAAAAAGGAGAGCUGUCGCUCAACGGUCCCGACCUGUUCGUCAGCCUAGCCCUGAAAGUCAUGACGAGCACGGAUCGAGAGAGGGCGGCACGGCAAGCCGUCCAAAUCAAACGAGAUGCGUACGCCGAGGGCCUGGCGAGGACGCAGGCUGCCACGGACGCACCUGCCGCGUUGAGACGCACCAGAGCCGUCUCACAGUACAAUCGCUUCAGGCCCAGGAGCGAUGCCGUCAAGUUCAACCUACCUUCGGGACUCUCCUCUAUCAUCAAACUCCAGAGAGACCCGCUGGGUGAAACGAGUCUGGAAAGGCAAAUCACCGCACAAAAUCAGAUCAGAGAACGAGUGUCGGCAGCUCCACUGAGAAGACAAGACACGAUCCGGACUGAAGCCGAGGCCUCGAGAAGAAGCCAACGGAGUAGAGCUCGAUCCAAUCGGGCAACUCGUUCAGGUCGGCGAGCUCCGACUGGAUGCGUCAAGUCGGCAAAGUCUGGCAGCACCGGAGGAUCAGCUGAUAUGCUCGACGACGACAAUCCUGAACUGGACGGCGACACGAGUGACUCUUCGGAGAGCCGUGGAUCGGCAUCCGGAGCUGCAUCGGCGGCGAGGUGCAGUCGUGCCGAUGCAUGUGUAGCUCUGGACCACUGGGGCUGGCUGCCGGGCGUGGUUGACGGCAUCGAUGAAGACGUCAGUCUAGCCCCGUACAUGCACGAAGCCAGGUGGCAGGGCAUUGGACACAAUCCUGCGGCUAAAUCACCCUCCAAUCAGACCAACCCCGCCGGCAGCAGAUCGAGGAACGUGAAUGUGCCGAGCAACCGGACAGAGCAGGCCGCACCGUCAGAAUUUAUUACCAUGAUGGCAGUAGCUACAUUGCCUGCAGAAGCCUCUAUGACAGCAGCCAACAUGACGGAAAGGGUAGUGAGAGCACUACCACCAGCAGCGGCGGCGGCGGUGGCGACAACAGCAACAACAAAAGCAACAGCAGUAAACGAAGCAGACGACAAUGAAAUUGUAUUAGCAUCAACAUUAGGCACAACGGCAGAAAGGUUCAAGGAGCUAAGGGAAAUGUACCCGUCAGGCACGCCAGAAGCGCCAUCUACAGACGAGAUGGAAGAGAGAGGAAUAAGAACACCUAACACUGAGGAGAGUGAUGAGGAUAAUUGGCACCUUGGCGACACUGUGGCUAUGUGUGUGACCCAGAGCAUCACAGACCAGCAUCAACAAGCACUCUCCGCUCUCACAGAUUUGCCCAGGGUGGAGAAUUCGGAACCUUCUGCUCAGUCGAGUGUUCAUCAUCGUCUACCGCAACGACAUCGGUCGAUCACUUGGCAGAGAGCACGCAGAUCAGAGUCCGUGAACGCCUCGAGCAGCACUGGACCCUGUCCUCGGUCUGCUUCAGAAGGUCGUGAUCCCACUCCUUGCAAGCGGCUAACGGACUCUGUAUGCCAGAGAAUGGGCCUAGCAAGAACGGCAACAGGUCCCACCAGAAUGUCGCAUUCAGAACGGGCUGCUGCUGCUAGGCUGAACCAGAGAGAUCUCCAGGCUACCCGUAGGCAUGCGCCGGGAAUCAGUCUGGAACCCAGAAAUAUCUCACCACCGGAGUUUACGACAGUACGUUCAAGCGGACAUUUGCGAGCUCAAUUGUGUUAUCGUGCGGCAACACCACCGACACAGGAGCACGACAGUGGGGCUCGUGCAACCACUGCUAGAAACGUUCCAACUGCUGGAGACCCAACGUGGCACGCACGGUCUGCCGCCAUGGACAGUGCAGCAAGCUCUUCGUCAUCGCAGCUUGCAAGCGUACCCUGGGACUCAGCGUGCAGCCGAGCUGUUUCUGCCAUGACGAGAUCUCCUGGCGCUGCAAACACACGUGCCCCUGGUAGCUUGCCAACUCGGAUACCUAUGGGAAGAGCUUCAGAGGAUAGGCCUCCGCUAGCCAGGCUGAACCGCACCAGUGCCACUGGCUCUGAGACAUUGCUGCCCCCAGACUCAUUCCGAGCAGACCUUGACUCUAACUUCAGGUCCAGGUGGAGUGCAAGACAAGCUAGAAACACAACUGCUUUCGGCGCUGGCAGUGUACCCGCUACGGAACACCAACAGCAUUCGGCAUCGUCAGCCGCUGUGCGUCGCACGGCCACUACAGCAAGCUCUGAGGCACUGCAGCCAGCCAAUCCACCCAUGACCCACGUCGGACGUAGCAUAGCUACUGCUGCCCCGGGGGAAGGCACUGCUACUAGCAAUAGUCUCCAGGAUAUUCUUGCCGCAUACUUCGCGCAAACUCCUCAAAACCAAAGUGAAAUGCAGCCCAGGGUGGCUGACGGGAGGCAAUCCACAUCAGUUCUCGAACGUCUGCCUCAAGUACCUCGCCACUAUCACAGUACCCGGCGGCCGCGCAGAACUGAACACGACCAUUCAAACCGACCCGAGCAGCCCGCAGGCGAAGACGAUCAGCGGAUCUACCAGGUGUGGACUGUGUUUGCUGACGCUCCGCCAAGCCUUCCCUGGAGCUGCUUCCCUCGGCCCAGACGCGAAUACGAGCAGUUCCUGUUGAACGUGGUGUUCGCGAAGCGGGACGCUUGGGCUACGAUGAGCAACACGGUCGUCCCCAUCUCGCCCGGCUCCUCCAAUCAUGACCUGCAUCCUGCGUGUCUGUGGCGGGCAGCACUGGAUGAAUCAAAGUGCAAGGCAGCCUGUAAGUACAGCUACCGGUGUGAGAAGCAACAAGGCAAUGAUACUAUAGCAGAGCCAGGCGGGAAUUCAAGUGGAACUGGACUGCAUGACGCAGGAUUGCUGUGGUUUCCGCGCAAAUAUGCGAGGCGUAAAAUCCAGAUCACGCUAAGAAGUAGCGCUGCAGCACAGAGGAAAGCAGCCUGUGGGAGGAUAUGCUUCUCAUCGCAGCUUCGGGUGGUUUUGCGCGUGUGUGCACGGCACGGUGCUAGACCACCAGUGUUGUGUGCGCAACGAUGGUACGGUAGGCAGCAGAGUCCGCGCCUCAGCCUACUGGGCGGGAAGUUUGCUGGGCGUGCCAUUGCGCUAACUUUGGAGACUUUCACCUAUGACACUGGGCCUGACACGCCGUCGCUUUCAAAGUACUGGUCUGGUGUGCUCGGAGCCCAGUGUCCUUCACCGGGUGCAGGAUGUCAGCACAGGCCCGCAACAGAACAUGAUGCCAAGCCACCCCUGUCUAACUGCAGUGUGGCCAAGGAUUUGACACCUAGCAGUGUGGCUUCGCUCGUUGCCUGUUGCGAUCAAGCCUCUCCAGCAGCUGCUCCUGCACCGACACCAGGAGAGCCAUCAACAACGGAGGAUGUGAACAUGCCACCGUCCGGCCCCAAAAGUAUUUCUUCAACACAGAACGAGUCAUCACGGAGACAGCGUGAUCACAGACGUUCUGGCACCAAUGCGCCCUCUCCGAAAACAGAUGGUCAGGCUGGUGCUACAGGAGCUCCGCAGGAGAUCUCACACAGGGCUGUAGUUGCAGAAGACGGCUUCGGCCCAGGAAGGCCAGCCGAGGGAAGACCUGCCUUGAAUGGAUCGCCAACUCGGACAGCUUCAAAUCAACCGGCUGCAGGCGUCGAGACUGCGGUGAGAGCCGCUGAUGAAACCCGAGCCAUGGCACGUGCCCUGACACACGAAGCUACUGCUGCUGCUGUUGCUGAAUGCACACACAACUAUGCAUCAGAAGAGGAGCGGAGGCGAGACAUCUCAGCUGCCCUUGCCGCCAGGCGAUUGCCGGACGACUUCCUGGCGUGGCGCAUUGAUGACGCGCUGACGCUUGUGGGCGCGCUGGAGAACAGCAGUGGCCAUCAGCUGACCACCCUGAUGGAACGGGUCUACGGCACAAUGUACCAUCCCCGACAAACCGCCGAGCAGAACACGAGUGCUCAUGGGCAGUGUACACCAUCCAGCCAUGAUUCUACUGCACUUGACGGACACACUGGGAGUCGGGUGUAUCCAACGGUGAAAGCUGCUAGAAAGCAGACUGCAACCGGACAACAGAAUAAGUCUUCAUCCAAACAACGGCACGAGCCUCAAAAAGGCCAAAGCAGGCAACAGCAGCCGCGGGGACAACGGCAGCACGAAAGUCCGCCACAAGCACAGAUCGGAGGUGGAGAAGGACAGGACGAGCAGGAGCCCACACGGUCACACCAUGGCACGCCUGGACAGAUUACGACCGUAGAGUCUCGCUCACGUCCAUACGAGCCCGUACAUGAUCCAGACAUUAUUGAGUACGCACGGCGCGAUACUGAGCGUGUACAGCAGAUAUACGACGCAGAAGACGAGCUCGAGUUUGCAGCACUCUUGAAUCAACCACCGAUGGUUGUCGGCAAGGCAGCUAUGCACAGAACGGUGCGGAAAAUCCGGGCACCGGCGAAUCGUCCAAAGGCUACACGAGUGCGAGCACCCGCUGCACCAAAGCCGACGCGGACCGAUCAGGGUCCUCCGCCGCCCGAUCUGCUCCUGGCUGUGCCGGGACAGCGGGAAGCACGGAGAAAGAAGACCAAUGAACAAGGCAAGAAGAUGCGCUACGUCAGCGUGCCGGACCCCACCGUCGGUCUUCUCACAGCUGGCAUGGCAAAUCUUCUCUACGGCUUUGGCGGUCGACGUCACCCAUCGGCAGGACAGGGUCGUCACACGCACCUCCGAUCCCUGGAGAGGUCCAGGGCAGCCUCUAAGCAGCCCGGAAGCGACGCCAGCCGCAUCAUUUUCCCCACGUUACAACGCCCGCUGCACCGUUCCAGGCCGGUGUCCUCGUUGCGACUCACGCCGGAUAGGACAUCACGUCCGCUGACGGCCUGGAUGCCACUCCAUAAACGGUUCCCUCUGGAAGAACAGAGCAGUGACGUCGAGUCUGGAGACGAGGGCAGUGAGGUCGUCCGAGUGCGUGCCGCCUCUAUACGUGGUCACGUGUACAGCCGCAUGUGCAGCGCCCUCCAACCGGGUGGUAUUGAGCGGAGCACCAGCGCCGAUCCGUACUCUCUCCUGACCAGGGGAGUGGGAAGCAAUCCUUUUGCUGCCCCAAAUGCACGACAACCGCGAGCCGAUCAUGUGCGACUUGCGCGCAUAGCGCAUUACUGGCGACACGACUCGCCACGUGAAUUAGAAUCUGGAAACACGCCGACGCCGAUCCGAAGGUAUAAACGUCCGUGACGUCAGUUUCACCUCCAGUGACAUGAACGAACCCAGAUUUCGCCUUUACUCCCCCCCCCCCCCCCCGGCAGAAUAGCAAUGGAAGGCAACGCUAGACAACGGAAGACAUCACUAACAGUUAGACCAUUGCAAUGGAAGGCAGCGCUAGAGAGUAUACAUAUCAGUAAGAUUCUGUAGAUCCUGUUGCAGCCUGGGCCAGGCUGUAAGGGUGCGGGGG